GAUGCCCAGCUUUAUGUCUGUAUUCCUGUAUACUGUAUAUCUGUCGUAAACAUUAUUACAAUUUUGAAUUUAGUGUUUACAAUCACAGAAGAUAGAACAUAAAAAAAAUUAAAAUUAAAAGUAAUAAUUUAUAUUUAAUUUUAAGAAACAAAACAGUUUUAUUUCAAAGAUCAUCAUGGGUGACCGAUACAAUAUUCACAGUCAAUUGGAGCACCUUCAGUCAAAAUACAUAGGUACAGGCCACGCAGAUACCACCAAGUUUGAAUGGCAAGUAAAUCAACACCGUGACUCGUGUGCUUCAUACCUGGGGCAUUAUGAUUUAUUGAAUUGGUUUGGAAUUGCUGAGAACGAAGCUAAAGCAAGAGUACGAUUCAAUUUAAUGGAAAAAAUGUUGCAGCCUUGUGGGCCUCCACCAGAGAAACCUGAUGAAUAAUCUUAUGAACUAUCAAUAUUUUUUGGUUUAAUGUUUUAUCGUAUAACUAAGUUCAAAAUCUAAAAUAAUAUGUGUUAAGAAUCAUUUUUUUCAAUUUAAUCUACAAUGAAUAUUAAUAAUAUUAUACAAUUUAAGAAAUACAUUUUUAAUUGUUGAACAUGGAAUAUUAUAUACCUAAUUUUUAUCAGUACCAUAGACCUGAAUUUAAACAAAAAGUAAAUUUAUAGUUAUUUUCAUUAAUAAUAAUAAUUAUGUUAUGUUGUAUACUAAUAUAACAAUUAACAAUGAGUAUUAGGAUUAUGAGUUUCUUGUGUAGCAUACUUUUUUAACCGGCCUGACAACAAUAAUCAGCCCAUUUAUUUUCUUGAUUAUCUCAUAGCCGCUUAUAGCUAAAAGGUGUGCAAGAUAAAAAAAAUGAUGUACUCUUAUAUAUUAACAUAUUAAUAAUAUACAAAAGGGUUAUAAAAAUCUAA